AAGUAAAUUCCAGGUAUGCGGUUUGAUAGAAAAACAGCAAUGACAAUGACAAAAAAAAGCAAAACAAACAAAAACCCCACUACUUCACGCCCGACACCCACAGUUGCUCCGGCUCGGGGAGGGCAGCCGCGGGAGCCAGGGCAGCCGCCUCCGCCGGCUGCGUCUUACAGAACGCAGUCUCACCCGGCGAGACAGGGGCUUCGGUGGGAGCUGGGAGCCCCCAAGAAGGGGCUCCGGGCUCACGGCCGCGGCAGGAGGGAGGGGAGAGAUGCGGGCGUGCGGGGCAGGCGGGCGACCAGCAGGGGGCGCCGCAGCGGCGGCGGGCUCUGCUUCCUGCCCGGCGGGGCCGCGCCGCCUUGCCCGCGCCGGGAUCCGUCCGCCGCCCCUCGCCAUUCGCCGGGAGCCCGCGCCAGGACAAUGGUGCUUUGUUUUCUGAGCAGAACACUGCAACUAGGAAGGUAUUCAUGCAGUCCACUGGGGAGACACCUCUGUUCAACCAGCACAAAUAAGCCAGUGUUGACUUUAUUCACCAAGAAACCAUGCCCUCUAUGUGAUGAAGCAAUGGAAGUGCUUGAGCCAUAUAAGAAAAGGUUUGUUUUGCAGGAGGUGGAUAUUACCCUUCCAGAGAACUCAGCAUGGUAUGAUAAAUACAAAUAUGACAUACCUGUUUUUCAUUUAAAUGGGAAGUUCCUAAUGAAGCAUCAAGUAGACAUUCAAAAGUUUGAGGACCAGCUUAUGAAGCUGGAGUUGCAAGAUGAUGGAAACCAGUGAAGAAAAUGCAGCUGCUUUGGUGUGCAUUUGAAAGGACUGUGCAACAUAAAUUGGGUGAAAAAGCAGUAUUCAUUACCUUGCCGUAUGUUUCUUAGAAUGUACAGUACCCGUGUCCUAAAAAACUAAGUGAUUCAUUUUUUGUGUGUGUGUUAUCCUCCAGCCCAGCUUCACUAGUAGCAGCCUUUUCUGUACCAUUCAUUUGCUGCUAUCCUAGGCUGGCUUUUUAUUGAGGGAAUAAAUGCUGCUACAUAACAGCAAAUAAAGUGAAAUGUGUUUGUAUUGGGUUUGUGUGGCAGGGUUUUGGUAGCUGGGGGGCUACAGCGGAGACCUCUGUGAGAAGCUGCUAGAAGCUUCCCCUGUGUCUGAUAGAGCUGAUGUCAGCCAGCUCCCGAUGGACCCACCACUGGCCAAGGCUGAGCGCCUCUGUGACAACAUCUUGAAGAAGGAGAAAAGAAAACCCAACUCCUGUGCCACAGCAGCUGGAGGAGAGGAGUGAGAAUAUGUGAGAGAGACAACUCUGCAGACACCAAGGCCAUUGAAGAUGGAGGGCAGGAGGUGCUCCAGGCACUGGAGACGAGAUUCCCUUGCAGCCCGUGGUGCAGCCCUCGGUGAGGCCGGCUGUUCCCCUGCAGCCCAUGGAGGUCCACAGUGGAGCAGAAAUCAUCUGCAGUCCAGGGAGGACCCCGUACCAGUGCAUGUGGAUGCCCAAAGGAGCCCCUGGAGCUGGAGCAGGCUCCUGGCAGGACGUGUAGACCCGUGGAGAGAGAAGCCCAGGCUGGAGCAGGUCUGCUGGCAGGACUUGUGACCCUGUGAUGGGCCCAGGCUGGAGCAACCUGUUUAGAAGGGACCCACACUGGAACAGUUUGUGAAGAACUGCAGCCUGUGGGAAGGACUCACAUUUGGAGAAGUUUGUGGAGAACUGUCUCUCCUGGGAAGGACUACACAGUGGAGCAAGGGAAAAGUGUGAGGAGUCCUCCCUCUGAGGAAGAAGAAGUGGCAGAAACAUGGGAUGAACUGACUCAAACCCCAAUUCCUUGUCCCCCUGUGCUGCUUGUCGGGGGAGGACGUGGAGAAAAUCAGGAGUAAGGUUAAGCCUGGGAAGAAGGGAGGGGUGGGGGGAAAGGUGUUUCUAAGAUUUGGGUUUUAUGUCUCAUUAUCCUACCCUGAUUUGAUCAGUAAUAAGUUAACCUAAUUUUCCCAAGUGGAGUCUGUUUUGCUGGUGAUGCUAAUUGGUGAGUGCGUGAUCUUUGUCCUGAUCUCAGCCCACAAGCCUUUUGAUACAUUUUCUCUCCCUUGUCCAGCUGAGGAAGGGGAGUGAUAGACCAACUUUGGUGGCCAACUGUCGCUAACACAUGAAUAGUUUAUGUUUCUUCUAAUGGGAUGAACAUAUGUUUCACUUAAAUCUAUUUUAUCUACUACAGCAAGUUUUGAGCUCCUUAGUACCUGAGUUACUCCCAGCCACAAGAAAAAAUAAAAAUAGAGUGAACUAUAAUUGAGCCAAAAGAACUAAAUCUGUAGUGAAAACAGCAUUUAAUAUCUCCAAAUAUGUCUCUCUGAAUGCUAAUAAAUUAAUAAAAUUAAAGUAUGAAACCCUAA